AAGAAGAAUGGAAUAGAAACUCUUACUGAAAUUCAAACAAUAAAUAAUACUUCCCUCGGAGUGCUAAAGUGAUCGGAUACCAAUUAACAGAAAACAAUUCAAAUAAUCAUGGAGCUAAUUUUGGAGUCUCUUGAGAUGAUAAACCUGCAUUUAUAUGAGAGUAGAGAUGGAAUGGGAUUCAUAGAGACAAGUGAGCUGCACCAGAAAUCUAUGGCUUUGACUCAGGUUCCUUGGUUGAGUAUAAGACAGAGUAUCUUAACUUAAUGUUCUUGAUUCCACAAAACAACCUUUCUUGUUUUGAUCACCCUUGAAGGGCGGCUUAAGUUUCGCAAGGAGACCGAUUUCAGGAAACAUUUGAUACCUUUGAACUAUGCUGAGUUGCAAACUGUACUUUUAAGUGUUUCUAUUAAGGUUUAGAUAGAGCUACUGCUUCAAACCUUCAUACCUUAUAUCGUUUGUUAACUCGUUGAAUUAGUAAUUAGGCCAAAGACAGAUGGAGGACAAGAAUGAGAGUGCGAAGAUUGAUGAAGUAAUGUUGCCUGGUUUCCGGUUUCAUCCUACUGAUGAAGAGCUUGUAGGGUUUUAUUUGAGGAGAAAGAUUCAGCAGAGACCGCUUCAUAUUGAGCUGAUUAAGCAAGUGGAUAUCUACAAGUACGAUCCAUGGGAUCUUCCAAGUCUGGCAUCUACUGGGGAGAAAGAGAGCUAUUUCUACUGUCCAAGGGACCGGAAGUACAGGAAUAGUGCGCGCCCAAACCGUGUCACUGGAGCUGGAUUUUGGAAAGCCACUGGUACUGACAGGCCAAUAUACUCUUCUGAUGGCAGCAGUAAAUGUAUUGGUCUUAAGAAAUCCCUAGUCUUCUACAGAGGCAGAGCUGCUAAAGGUAUAAAGACUGACUGGAUGAUGCAUGAGUUCAGGUUACCACCUAUACCCGAGGUAGGGGCACCGAAGAAGUUCCUUGACAAAAGCCUUCCACCACAUGAUUCUUGGGCAAUAUGCAGGAUCUUCAAAAAGGCGAACUCUAUGGCACAGCGAGCUCUUACACACUCAUGGGUGUCUCCUUUACCUGGGACUACAACAUCAGACAUGUUUUCACACUCUACUCAGUUCAGUCCAGAGAACCUGUCUUGCAUGACUCAAAAUGGCUCAGUCAUUCAAUUAUGCAAUGAACUGCAACAGAAUUCAACCGCGGGUUUCUCUGCCCUUGACAUCCCUUCAUACAGGCCACUCAACUCAGCCAGCUUUUACAGACCAUAUUCGUCAGGAGUUCCUCACGGAGACCAUAACAAUGGCUUUGCACUCUCACCUCCUGAUGUCUCUCCUCCAAGCACUCAAUCUGCAGUCGACGUUACUUCCAUGUUUUUCGACGUGUCCCCUACUAUAAUUGCAGAUCCUGAUAAGACCACAGAAGGUAUAAACUUUGGAGGACCACAACAGCAGUUCAACAACUUCUCAGUAAGUUCACCAGAAGAUAUGCAGGGGAACACAAACACAUGUGCACUUGACGCCGCUUCAACAAAAAAUCUAAUUCGAGCACACGAAGCCAAUCAGUGUGACAACAUGCAGUCCAUAGGAUUUCCUUUCAGUUUGUCAUCAAGCUUGGCUGAUACAUGGAAGCGUAAUUUGCAAUGGGACUCUCCUACUUGUCCAAGUGAAAUGUCAGCUAACUAUUCUGAAAAUUAGCAUUAUAUUUAUACUUAACAGUACCUAUAUAUGGAUUGAUUCUACUUAGCUUUGAACUAGACCAAAGUGUAACUGGCUUGACAAACAUUAUCUACCAGAAGGUUUACAGGUGUAUAGCAGGUGAGCUUGUUCUGGUGUAUUGUACAUAUAGCUUUAUCUGUGUAUAUACAUUUAUCUUUGUGCCUUUCCUAA